AUGAAUGUCGGAAUUAUUCCUCCACCACGACCAAGAGAACAGAGCAAGCAAAUCACCGUCACCUCGAGCACUAUUGGUUAUACAUACCUUACCGUGCUAGACACCUACUCGACAGUCAAGUCCUUGCGAUUACAUCACUUGUGGCUACCGCGGAAAAACACCAAGACGGCUGUCCCAAAGUUGCGCCCUAGAUCUCCCAAGGACACCACCCUCAAGUCGCACCGCUCUGCUCCUACAUCUAUCCGUGAUACACCCGCCACGCGCGCUCAAGUCAAACCUCCGCCCAACAUGUCUUCGCAGCCCAUCAGCUCUACCAGACUACGGCAGAUUGCCGCCGACGCUUGCCAGAGCGCCAUUGGCAGUUCUGAUUUCUACGAGCACUCCAAGGUCGAGGGCUGGAACUCGUCCAUCAUCAACUCGAUUCUCAAGGCCGUCAUCUCGGAGUCUACCCCCUCCAACUCGCAAGGACCCGCUCACAAGUUCGUCGUCAACUCGACCAUCGUUCAGCACCUGGUGCCCACCUCGGCCCUGAACAAGCCCAAGGGCGGCACCGACACCAAGCACGAUGAGCCGCACAUCAGCACCAGCGACGGCGGCGCCGCCACCGGCACCGACGGCAAGCCCCACGUCGGCCGCCGCGGCAUGCACUCGGCCACCCAGGCCUUCUGGAACGAGAAGUCGGAUGGUAUGUGGAGCUUCAAGUAUGACGGCGGCGAGGGCAAGGGCAUGGACGUCGUCAUCAGCGUCAUCUGGAUAUCUGUCUAG